AUGCAAAAUUCCAAUUCCACGGAUCGUCGACGUCCGACGAAAGGCAUCAUAUCAAUAGCAAAAAGCAAGGGUAGUUCAGCAGAUAAAUUUGAAUUACGACUGAGUACACCAAAGGACAUUCGCGGACGGUUGCUUGAGAUAAACCGUGAAACAGUACGUUCUAUUCAAUCGAAAUUUGUAAAUAGUGAAGGGAAAGAAACUUCAGUUGGCCCCGAACAGGCUGUAAAAAGCAGUGAUUUUGCUCUUUCCCAGAGGCUGAUGACAAUUACUAACAAGGAUCAGUACCCUAAAUACCCGCUCGGUUUUCCGCCUGGUUUACAGUCCCUUCGCAUUGUGGGGUUGCAGCUGCAGGCUGUAGAUAGUCGCUGGUUCUCGCUUAAUGCUUUGCAACGUCUCGACCUAAGUCAGAAUCUGUUGGGAAGUUCUCGAAACUUUGGUUUGCGAUUUCUAAACAUCGUUCGCUUGAAAAACCUGCUGUCGCUUUCUCUGGCUGCGAAUGGUUUGACAACAUUCAGUGUUGGUUUUGAUGACCUUUCCCGAAUAUGUUUUAAACAAGAGUUUGACCUCAGGGCGAUCUUCCAGGCUGAAUUAUGGGAUUCACUUCCAGUUUCUCUCGUUGAACUUGAUUUAUCAUUUAAUGAAAUUAACCAUCUUUCUCCCUUGAGCACACGGCUGGUAAAUCUGAGUCGUCUGAACAUAUCAAACAAUCGAUUACGCAGUUUGCCCGAUGAAAUAUGCUUUUUUCGAUCUUUACGUUUCCUAGACGCAUCUAACAACCAAAUUUCAUUUGUUCCUGGUUGUUUGGGAAGGAUGAAAUUCGACCUAAUUGAUUUUUCUGGAAACGUCGAUCUCUUCUCAUUUCCUGUCGGAUCUAAAAGUUCUAACAGCUCUGUAGCUUCCCUAGUAGAAAUUGGAGCGGCUGCAGUUAAAAAAAAUAAGUUGCCGACUCACAUUUUGCCAUGGGAUCUGCGAUUUUUUCUCUCAGAAUAUACAGCUGUCUGCUCAAUAUGUUUAAAUAUCUUUCCGAAGUCCUCUACAUGUUCUCAUAUGUGGGUACUAAACAUACUUUCAAUAUCGAGUACAGUUAGUCAUAAUCGGGGUGAAGACGGCCGUCGCGUGAAAGCAGAAUUUACAUUGUGUCCUUCGUGCUCAACAGGAAGAUAG